AAAAUGCAGAGUGUGUUUUAGUGUUACAUUUCAGACGGAUUGUUUACAUUGGCGAGAUCAGUUCGUUUCUCUGUUUAAAAGAACGUUUUAGAGGAAAGUUGGGAGAAUGAGGAAGGCAAAGAAUAUCUAACUUUUAAGUAAUAUCUAACUUUUAAAAAGAAGAAUCAGCUGAAACCUACAAUUUAGACCAGCUCAGUUGUUUAUCACGGAUCAGCUUCAAAUGUAAGUUUCUUAAUAAAUCGUAACUCAGACAUUCAAAAUAUUACGCGUAGCAUCAUAAUCCUGGUUUUGUUCUGGUAUUUUGCAAAGAUAUUAGCUACGUUACACUAUCUUUCGAAAAUGUGUUUGGUUGAAAGAUGAAUCCCCUCGAGUGCUAAUAGUUAAGACAGAGUGGCCUGUUACUGACUGCUGCAAUAUCAACCCACGGACCUUUACGUCUUACAUGUACCAUCGACCUAGUCGAGUAACACUUUCAGCUUCUUUUUACUCUUUUAGUUUUAUUCUUUAGUCGCGUUUUAACAAAUCUAUCGAUUUUGGUGCUCAGCGAUGGCGGAACUAGUCUUCGUUCGCACGUAUGACAGAGUGACGAGACUGACAAGGAGCCUUCGCUUCCGCAUUUCUAAUGGCUCAAAGUUAAGAGACGUGAACAAAUACAGCUUUUAUAUGAUAGAGAACAAACGGUCACUCACCAAGGACUAGUGUCCAUUUUUUUAAUACCUCACUCUUCGUCAACCAACAAUCAAUCUUCUUGGGUUUUCAUGGUGUGGUAUUUGUCAGACCGAAUUGAAAAUUGUAUUUGUUGUGAAUGACAGCUUAGAUUUGGUAUUGUUUACAGUAGAUUUAGCUUGGAUUCCAACUAAUUCUGCCUCUCGUUAUCAGUACUUUUAGUUUUGUUUUGUGGGGAUAAAUGAUGAUGUGAUGAUAGUGAUUAUCCGAUGCUCGGAUAAUUUGGCAAUGAUUUAUAGUAACAACCCUUUUACAGUCGAGCUUGGUCAAGUCUAGGUCAUGCAUGUUUCCAUACGUUCUUUGAGCAUCAUUUAAAAGUUUUAAAAUUGCUGUACAGGGUUUUUUUUGUUUGUCUUCAUUUUUCUCAAUAAAACCGUGACUUGUUUUCAGCAUUGCAUGGUGAACAGGCUGUGACGUUAAGAGACUAGAGUCUCUUCUUAACGAAAAAUUUUCAGCUUGUGCUGUAAUAAAAUUUAGAAUAUAUGUAUUUUAUGAAAUUAAAAAGGAAAUUUUGUUUGUAAAUGACCUCAUUUUGAUCAAAUGAUUCAUUGGUAGGAAAGAGUGUCGCCUUCUGUAAUAAUUUUGGUCAUAAUCCGUUUCUUUGCUGCUCUUUAUUUGUUUAUUUAAAAUAAAAAGCUGUUUCUAAAUGCUAAAAGUUAUAUCGUAUGUAUUUCAUGACAAGCCCUAAGCUCAUUAUUGUUCCUUUGCAAUUGCAUGUUUUUGUUUUCUAGGCUGUCCUUUUUCUCCCUGUUGUUUAACUCUCCCCGAUGAACCAAAACGCAAUGUGAAGAUAUUUUCUGGUGAUCUUUUAAAUAAAUAAUGCAUGACAACGUUCAUCGUUGAUCGAAAGCAAUUUGUUUUAGUAAAUGGGAAAAGAUCUGGCCUUCAGUGCCAUAGUGCCCUAUGGUGUCCCACAGGGAUCCCUCUUGGGACCAAAGCUAUUUUCGAUCUUAGUAAAUGACUUGCCUGACUGUAUACCAAAUGGUGAAAUCCACCUCUAUGCUGAUGACACCACAGCAUUCGUUAUUGGAAAGAAUGAUAACGAGGUAGUAACUUUACUUAAUAUUGUAUUCUCAAAAAUUAGCAAAUGUUGUAGUAUAAACAACCUCACAAUUCAUCCAACCAAAUGAAAAGUCAUACUAAUCUCAAGAAACAGCUUCACUGGCCCAUUGAAACCUGUCAAAUGGUGAAACAAAUAUCUAAAGUAUACGGAUAAAGUAAAAGUACUUGGAAUAUAUAUUGACAACAAAAUGACUUGGAAACCACAUAUCAAAGAGCUAACUAAAUCAUUUAAUGCACAACUAAAGUCUCUUAAAAGAAUAUCCUAUUUGUCAACUAAGGAAUUGGAAAGUAUCUAUUUUAAGUGGAUUAUACCACACAUAAAUUACUGUGUAUCUGUAUGGGGAAACUGUUCAACCUCUGCUUUUGAACCCAUUGAAGCACUGCAUGUAAAAGCUGCAAGAUUAAUCCACAGACUCCUUUCUUCCUUAGAAGAUCAUGAUGUACCAAAGAAGGUACAUUGGCAGAACAUCAGCAAUAUCUAUAAAAAGAGACUUGCCUUAGAAAUGCUUCAAAUUAUAAACUCUGAUGGAUGUCACAGAUUAUCUCAUAUGUUCAAACAAGUAAACUCUGUUAGAAUAGGCAAACUAAUUGAAAUGAAUACAACAACUUCAGAGUUUGGUAAACAAUCAUUGUUCUUCAGAGGUCCAGUUACCUGGAAUAAUCUGGACAGAGACAUAAGAAAUGCAUAAAAUAUUAAUUCUUUCAAAUUAGCUCUAAAAAAGAAAUCAAGAUUGAUGGAAACUAUUAGUUACAUAGAGGGACAAUGCAAUAAUUUAAAUAGGAGAACUGAAGAUUUUAUAUACUAUUGAAAGUGAUUAUUUUUAAAAUUAAUUACUUAUUUAUUAGAUUCAUAUUUAUAUUUGAUUAUUUAUCAAUAAUAAUUUAUUAGAUGAUCUAUAUUUUAUGCUUUAUAAAAACUUUUGAGAUUAUGUUAUCAGGUUCUCUUUUUUUAAAUAUUUUAGCAUGUAGUUAGGAGGUCCACAUCAGCGAAAGCUGCCUUUAUCAUGACUUUAUUCAAAUAAAUUAUGUAUAUAUGUAUGUAACCUCCCUUAUUUCAUAGACAGUGAUUGCUUUCCAGUCUAACACAAAUGUUACUAUUUUCAUGUGGUCAUCCUUCUUUUCAAACAGUUGUGUAAUCAUAGUGAGAACCAAAUUCUCUAAAAAUACAAGCGACUAUUUAUCGUACAUUUCUGGUCACACAUAUCAUGGUUAUUUCUCAUUGAAUUGUUUAGUUGAAAAGGAAUGGGUGGAUACAACUCUGAGCGACGAGCGUAGAAGGAUUUUGAGAAGAGUUAAACGGCACCUUGUAAGAGAUAUGGAUGCAGAAGAAGUUUUACUACGAAUGACAGCUGAGAACAUCUUUAACACAACUGAAGAAGAGAGAAUAAAAGGGAAGCUAACACGAUCGGAAAAAAAUGAGCAGUUGCUGGACAUUUUACCAUCCAAGGGUGAAAAAGCCUAUAAAAUCUUCAAGGAAACACUCCAAGAGGUUCACCCGCACCUUGCAAACAUAAUUUUGCAACUUGGUAAGUGUUUUGACGACCACGAAAAUCUAUUAGCAUUAAAAAAAAGCUGUACGAUCACACGCAAUUGUAAUUUUUUACAAUGAACAAAUUUAUACUAAAGGUUGGUUUCUGCGGUUUCUAUAACCAUUAUCGAAUAUGCUUUGAAAAAUGGUUAUUCUAGACGCCCUUCAGUAUGGAAGCUGAUCUUCAGUUUAAUAAUAAUACGACGAACUAUUCGCGAAACUUCACAGUCAGCAUAUGAAAAAGUUACUCUCUCAUGAGAGCUUAUGAAAAUUUCGCUUCAGUAGGAAGGCUAGAAGUACUAUCGACACUGAAUUUUUCCGAAGCAACUUCAGGCCAUCCUGAAUUUUUCGUCGAGAAGCACGGUUUGCUGAUUUUUAAAACUCCCGCGAGUGUACCUACGCAAAACUCAGCCUCUGCUAACAGUAGCACGCACGCCACUGUAAUUCAGCAUUGAAAUUGAGAUACUGCACUAACAAUAAUUACUUCGCAAGCUUUGGGAUUGGGCGAAUUCGGAAACGUAACCAUUGCCAACGUUUAUUACAGCAGGUUAAUGGUAACACUAUUCGCGGUUUGCUGCGGCAACAGAAACAACAAGAUCUUCUCAAAAAUUUAGAAUUCUGCCAUGCGUACCGUUAAAGAAAAGCAGCGUGUUGAUCGGGAGCUCUUUUCAGAGCUCACAGAAUCCCCGGUCAACCCCGCCGAAGUUUUUGAUGCUCUUCAGUACAAAUUGAGGAGAAUCGGGUACGUUGUCCUCGUGUUGCGGGACGCGAGAUCAAAGUACUGGGUUUGCCUCUCACUAAAUCCGGACGAGAUCUUCCAAGAACCAGAUGAGGUGAUCGAGGGGCUGUCAAAAAGGGAAAAAGAACUGGUUACUGAAAACCAAAGACCAUGGGCCGAGAUUGAAGGUAACAACGUAUUUAUUCCAUCCACUUUUGAAGCAAUGCGAUACGUUUGUCAUCAACCCGAAGUACACACAAUAGGCCUACACUUUUAUCGAAGUGAACCUGAUCAAACGACAAUAUUUUUUUGUUUUAAGAUGAAGUAUCACAGCUCUAUGACGCUAUGAUCAAGCUCACUACUGUUCAGAAACAGAAUUUUCAUAAAGGAAGGGCGACAGAACAAGUCGGGCGACAUCAACAACAGCGUCAUGUAAGGAAAUAAGGUUAGCUAAUUUUACAUAUUAUUUAACCCUGUUCUUGUAUUUAUUUUCUUAGUAUUCUUCCGGUGUGCAUUUUAUACUUAGGUAAUUAAAUAUUUUUAUACACACACGUCUUUGGUUAUGAAUGAUGAAUAUGAAAUUAAUCAAUCUUUGCUCUAUUGCAAAAUAAUCAUAUUUUUAAAAAGUAGGAUGUAAGGCUAUAAUAGUUACACAAUUAAAUGACUAGAAAGUCAAAAACCAAUUCAAGCAGGCUUAAAGCAAAGUAAAGAUAUUUGGCCCCUUUAAUGUAAUGAAUCACUUGAAAAAAUGAUAAUCGUUCUCGAGAAAUCAAGAAAUCAGUGAAUGUGAUGGAUGGAAGAGAAUAGUAUUUAAAAUACUACACAAGAUCUAAUACAACCCUUAAUGAUUUUCAGGUGCAAUAUGAACCACCUUUGCGGCUAUUUUCAGCUAAAAAGAGGAUUAAAUAAAGAUUGGCCAACACAACCUGGAUGCCAAUAUAUCUUUGGACCAUGUCGUGAUAGACUCCAUCUGAUGCUAAAGAUAACAGACCGGCUUGAGGAGGGCAUAAUUAUGGAUAUUCCAAAGUGGGAUAAGGUAAUUAUUUCAGUUUUCCUGUCAGAGUCAAAUCUUUAUGCUUAUUGACCUCCAAAACAGACAAUCAGGCAAACAAAUAACCAGAAAACAAGUGAAUGUGAAGUAAAUAAGACAAAAUUUUAAAUAUUGCGUUUUGUGUAGGAUGACAACGAGACAUAGAAUUGAAGGUAGGAGUCAGAGUUGCACUCGACAGAGUUCCUCAAAACAGUUCGAUCACUUGGGGUGACACUGAACUUAUUCAAAUAUAAAGUCAACUGAGAAUGGACUUCUCUUUUGGUUGGUGAAAAGAGACUCUUUCUACACAAACUUCUAGGCAGUUUUGCGCAGAUCCUUCCACCAACCAGAGUGGAACAUACAAAACAACUCUGGACGGUAAGUAUAAUGAGGUUUCAUCACAUUGUUUCAUGUACUCUAUAAAAACUCACUAAUAAUCUUGCUUGCUUGUUUGUCAUUUCACAAUUCUAGAGAGCUGCUAGACAUCCUACACACAGAGAAUUUGUAAGAUGACAAAUUACAGAAUUUGGACAUUUUGUUUUUCCAACCCCUACCAGCUUAUUCAAAGCAAUUUAUAACAUAGCUAGUAAAUUUGUAUAAUCAUAUUCAAUUGCGUGAGCGUACUUCAUAUUCCUAUUGUGCAUGUUCAUGACGUCAGCAAACAAAUCCCUCGAGAAAAAAAAUUUUCCAUCGGGUUAAAAAUGUUAUAAAACAAUUGGUUCAUACGUCAGCUGUGCGUUCAUCGAGAUAUGAAGCACGCGGGAAGUUUGGAGAGCACUCAAGAAGCUAGAGUUGCUCUCGGCUACGCCUCGCAUCUUUCGUGCUCUCUAAACUUCCCGCGUGCUUCAUAUCUCGAUGAACGCACGCUGACGUAUGAACCAAUUGUUAAUUCUUACACCCCAAAUAAAUGUCUCAAGUGCGGACACGAAUGUAUGGUUAAAAAAUAAAUUUAUGAUGGCAAAUUUAUCAAUAUUUUUCCAAAUACAGAAGAAAAUUUUACUAACCUCUCUAAACUUUGUGCCGCUCGCAACCACCGCCAUUUUCUUCUUCUGACGUAAAAAUUGAAGCGCGCGCAGACUGUUGAACGACCGCAAGAACCACGGGCCUUCUGCCCAGGCCAUUCUUGAAAGAGUCCAAUUUUUGGCGUAUUUCUCGCCGCCACGACUGAUUGAUUGAAAGGAGCAUAAGCGAAAACUGCAGAAGGAGAUGUCUAGUUCGGGCGAAAGUGACCACUCUAGAUCUCUGAGUCCCACGGUAAGACAGUUCGUUGCAAUCCCAGGCACAAUAUUAAAGUAGGUAAAUGUAAACUUAAAAUUCGCCGAAAAUUUUCAGCGAAACGUGCGAUCGUAGUCCGUUAACUUUAGUCAGCUUUAGUUGGGGUUGCCGUUUUGAGAACUUUAGUGUACCUUCGGCCUGGAGCUACACUGAAUGCACCAUGGAUUACAAACUCCGACUAAGCCAAUUUUUUCGUGGCUAACCGAACCCUUAUUUUUGCAGCGAAUACAGCUGACUUUUAGAGACAGCUAAGUGGCACGUUCUCUCAAAGAACAUGGAGCAAACCAAGAGGGACAUUUAGCGUUUUUAGACGCUGUGAGUAGACGGCCUUGAUUUAAACUUGUCAAAUAAGUCUAAACUCAUACUGCUAUUGAAAGGAGAAGAAGGAGCAAAAUGAAUAACAACUUGCACUUCAGUCAUCGUUUGCAAUUACUUGUCAACUUGUGAAAUUGCAGCGGUGAAAUAAUUUUGAGUGACAUGUUGCUGAAUUGCUAGUAAUUUUGCUCCGUUUUUUGGAUGAAACCACUGUUAAAUGAUCCAGGCAGGUGGUAAGUACGUUGUAAAUGGUUUUGCUCCUAAAUACUGUAGUUUUUAAUAAAACCACUCUUUCAGUUGAAUGAAAGUACUUCAUCUGUCGCCCUUUAACAGAGACUGUAUGGUAAUGAAUGUAAUACAAUUUAUUUAGGAGCAGCCAACUGUACAAGACCUGCUGCAGUCCAGAAAGUAUCCAUUUUACGCUUAGCCAUUUUUCAAAAGACGUAUAACUGAAAAAAAAAAAAAAAACAUCGGGCGCCACGUGAAGUCGAACACUGUACUGACUCUGAAUGAAUGUUACCAAUCAAUUGAUGCAACAUGACACUCUGGCGUAAUGAUUGAGGUGGUCUUGUGUGAUAAUUUGCCAGAUCAGCGCAAAGUGGCCCGGAAUUUUAGCGUAACUUGUAGCACUUGCGAAAUCAUAAUUUUCUUUUCUUUUUUGUAGGGCCGCAAAGGCAGGAUAAAGACACGCAGGGCCGUCCCUACAUUAAUGUUAUUUUCAAGAAACAGCAAAUCAGUCUCAAUAAAAUAAUCGUAAUUGCUCCAUUAUGGUCCCCAUUUCUCUUGUUUUGCUUUUCUAAGUAAAAACAUCAAUUUCCUUAAUAAGACGGUUAACUUUACUUUAAAAUGGUGAAGUUGAUCAUGAGUUUUUAUCACGUUUGGUGGCUUCAAAAGAAGCCGUUUAUUUGUUAGGCAGCUUUCUGUUCACUGCAAAUUUCUUGAACUCUUUCCAUUGGACGGGAAGCUGCCUUGCGGCUGUGCUCGCCUAGGAAGGCAGGCGACUUGCCAAGAAAAAACUUCAGGUGGACAGGAGCGUCGACUUGACAACCACCUCCUGUUACUGUUAGACAUAUUUUCAGAGAAGAACCAAGGCUUGCUGCUAUCAGCUCGUCUUUACUGGCGAGGUAUGCACUCCCUAGAGAUCUAACGGCAACCCAGGGAAGAUCGCUCGCAGUGCAUCGUGACGCACGGUGUUGGUUUCGUUGCGGAACAGGGGCACUUUUAAACCCUUCUCGAAUAGAAGACAUAGUCACUCUCUACAUUUAUCGUUGCGAGGUGGAUCGACACACCUGUUCUCGAAGGCGGCGAUGAAAUCUUCCGGCAAAUGUUCGGCUGGUUCCCAUGUAUUUUCACCAGGGGAGUAAUUCUGCCAUUGGAUGAUGUAUUCCACUUUUCCUCCUUUACCUCGUUUUGCAACAAUGUGCUCCACUUCAUAAACUCCUAUUACAGUUGGCUUUACCUUCGGACAGCAUUUCCAAAAGAAAUCCUACAGUUGCAUCAGGCUCUUUCAUAUCCCUCCAUUUUUCAAGUACUACAGAUCCUCAUCUCUAGAGCACUGAUAAUCUGUUUUUAUAUUGCGAAGUUUGCUUUCUGGUAUUUGAAGAACUGCUCCAAGUUCCUUUCAACAGGUUCCUCGCCGCCCUGAGUAGAUUUGUUUUAAAAUCGUUCAAUUUUCAGAAUUUUCAACACAGAGCUAAGCAAGGUUCUGGUCGUAAAUUCUUAUAAAAAAUUCAAUGAUUGUAAGUCUACUGAGCAGGGCUCGUAAAAGCUAAAAUUUCGUACGCUAGUCGCUUCGUCUUUCGAACGGAAUAUGUUAUUUUUAAAUGCCAUUUUCAAAUGUUGAUAUGUAUUAUUGAAGAGAAGAUAUGAAUAAACGCCUUUGAAAAACAAAUGUGACUUCCUGGAAUGAUGAUUAGAAGCGAAAAACCCAAAAGCAACACCAAAAACUAAUACGUGACUUUGCUAAUUGAUCCUUAAAUUUUACAACAUUCGUUGAUCAUGCAAAGAAUCGUUCAAUAUUGGAUGGGGUAUUUAAACACAAUCUUGAUCCGAUGGGAAGGAUAUUUGAACGAGCCAAUAUUCAAGAGUUAAAAUGCCCGGUUUAUUGUCGGCGGGGAAGGGAGAGAGAUGUUGAAGCUUCGAAUUUAUCGAUGUGUUAGGUCUGUACAACAAAAGAAAGUUUGCCUUUCUUAAAUAAACUUAGUUUGCGUAUGUUUCUUCGAAACUUUUUCAGAAACUACAUCCAUUCCACAAGAAAUUAAGAACAGCAUCAUUCAUGAGUAAGUUUGAUCUUUUUGGAAAUAGUAUAACUAGUAUAACUCGUAUAACUUAUUAUGGCUGUUUUUGAUGUUGUAAUCGAAGAGAGAUAACAUAGUUUCGUGAGUCAGUCACCAGACAAGUCAAUUAAUGUGCGUACGAACGUAUGGCUCGCUAAAGAAGGGGUUUAAGCUCUGACAUCAGGUAAAAAAAUCAAGGGGUAGAUUUGAGUUAUGAUUUUACUAAUAUGCGUGUAAGCAUUACCCUUCACUCGCUUGAAUUAGUCACAAAUAGGAAGGCACAACCAAAGGAUUUUGGUGUCAUUGUUUGUAUGAGAUAGCUUUUCCUUACUUUGGUCGUAAAUCCAUUUUAUUUCGACUUCUGAAAGCCAUUUGAUUAACGUCUAUUACCGUCUAUGAUAAGAACCAGACCGGAGUUAUCUCAAAAUUGACAUGGCGUGAGUCAGGAAUUCACCCUAACGAGUAGCUUUCCCUUUGCCUUGUUCUGCACGACCUCGAGAAGAACUUUUAAGCAGAAGGAGCGAACACCGUAGUAAAUGGUCAACAUCUUUUCUUACAGAUUCUUGGUAUCAGAGGAAGGUUUCACUGAGGACUGCACAAUACUCACUCAUCUAAACCAGAUUGAGGUAGCAGUUUCCUAA